GUGAGAGACGCCCAGGUGGAGGACGCUGAGUCGCGCCGUUGCCAUAGCAGCCAGGCCCCGGCAGCCUUGGUAGUAGGUGCUGGGUUCGCUCUCACUUCCCCGUAAGAGCUUAGAAAGAGGAGGAGAGGAUUGCUCCCCCGGCCAUCUCUGUGACCUCAACCACUGCAGCUCACACAGCGUUAUUCUUUAACACAUGGACGAUGGAGGAAGGCAGAGGUGCUGAUUCCAAAGAGACUGAAGAAUAUGAAGAUGACUUUGAAAAGGAUCUGGAGUGGUUAAUGAACGAGAAAGAAAGAAGUGACGUCAGCAUAACAGAGAUGGCUUGCGGGAGCGAAGAGAAUACGAGCCCAGAGCUGAAAGAGAAUGAAACAGGAGCGGAGCGCACCAAAUGGCAAACUGAUCCCGGCAGCGCUCUGAGGGAUGAGGUUGUGCCCAGGAGCGACUUCAUCUCUGUACCGAGCAGUCAGCCUGUGGAUCUGGCGUCAGACUCAGACAGUGAAAGCUCUUCCCAGGAAUCCAAACUGGACAGCCAGAAAGACCUGGAGGAGGACGAGGAUGAGGAAGUUAAGAGAUACAUCAUGGAGAAAAUCGUACAAGCCAACAAGCUUCUACAGAACCAAGAACCCGUGAAUGAUAAAAGGGAGCGCAAACUUAAGUUCAAGGACAAAUUAGUGGAUCUAGAAGUUCCUCCGCUGGAAGACACUGACAACUACAAAUAUUGUUUUGAGAGUGAAAGCCACAUGUCUGGAAAACUGUCCCAGUUACGUAUUUCCAGUGAAUCUGGACAAGACGGUAUGCUCCUGUCGGUCACGGGUGGGAGUUUCGAAGAAAGCAAGGACAGGAAGAUACUCGUGGAAAGAGAUGGAAAGUUUGAACUUCUGAACUUACAAGACAUCGAGAGUCAGGGGAGUCUAUCCCCCAUUCAUAAGGUCAGUAGUCCAGAAAAUGGACCCCAGCAGUCGUCACCCAGAUCUUCCAACUCACCUGUCAAUGGUGUGAAGAAAGAAGAGCCCGCAGCAAAGAUCCACGGCUCAUCAGCAGAGGAACCAUGGGCGUCUGUCCCGCAGCCCCCGCCCAACCCCAGGACUGGUCCCAGCCCCACUGCCCACUCAGACUCAACUCAGGGCAGUGGGAAGCCUAAUCGCAGGACACAGUCUGCGAACGCAUCGCCAGUGACCUCAACGUAUUGUCUUUCCCCUCGACAGAAGGAACUGCAGAAACGGCUGGAACAAAAGAGAGAGAAGCUGAAGAGAGAGGAGGAGCAACGGAAGAUGGAGGAAGAGAAAGAAAAGAGAAAGGAGAACGACACAGUGUUCAAAGCGUGGUUGCAGAAGAAAAGAGAGCAGGUCAUCGAGACGAGGAGGGUUCAGCGAGCAAAGCAGCUUGAAGCCAUGAGCAGCAGACAGGAAAACAGAGACCCACAACAAGCUUUCCAGCUGUGGCUGAAGAAGAAGCACGAAGAGCAGCUGAGAGAAAGGAAGACCGAAGAGCUGCGGAAGCAGGAGGAGUUCUUGUUCUUCCUCAAGGGCGCCGCGGGCCGUGACAGGGCCUUCAAGCAGUGGCUGAGAAGGAAGCGGGCGGAGAAGCUCGUGGAGCAGCAGGCUGCCCAGGAGCGGGCCCGGCAGCUCCGACUGGAAGCCCGGCGCUCCAGGCAGCUGCAGAGCCGGCUGCACAGCACACCCGAGGCCCAGGCUUUCCGUUUCACCGACUAUUACAGCUGAAGGUAGCUAUUAAAUGCUUCGCCCGGAAGCCACUAGCCUCAGCAUUUCGGAUAUCACUCUUUUAUGGCCCGCGUGCUUUGGUUGUA